GUGGUUGUUAACGCAGAUACUGAUGAGAAUGGCUGGCAAUACGCCUUUGCCUUCACUCAAGAUGCCCAAUGGCGGCAUACCAUGGAUACGGUUCAAACCUGGGUACGCCGGCGUCAGCACCACGGCCGAUGUGUGGCCUUGGCCGAUGCCGAGACGCCGCCCUACGCGGAGGAUCGGCCCGAGCAGAGCCAGGGCCUCCAGGCACCGGUGGAGUCGUCCUUGACGGAGAACGACCAGCUGAAUCGAUAUGUGAAGCUCUACCUCUCGAUUCGCAAUGAUGCGGUUUGGAUGAAGAACUUGAUCACCUGGAAGGACCGAGACAUUUCGUCCAUCAUGGCGUGGCUCUUGGCGAUUCUGCUGCUGAUCAGUUCUCUCAUCCCCACCCGAGUGAUCCUGGCCGGCCUCGUGGCCUUCACCUUCUACUUGGGCAGCUCCAUGGGCUUUCGCAAGCGCCAGCACCGUCGGGACUUUCUGCUGGAGCUCAGCAGGUUGAGCUGGGCCAACGGAGCGGGUAAAAAGGUGGAGUUUCAGGGCACCGAGCCCACCUCGGUCUUGGAGGAGAAUGGCGUUACACGACUCUUGUUGAGGGAUUGGUGCAACGGCAGCUUCAAGACACAGUUUAAUUUGAAGAGCUUUGACCAUUGCCAGAGCCUGGCACAACUCGCAGAUUUGGUGGUGCAAAGUUCACCCAGCAUCGAGACGGCGCCGCGGAGAUAUCGCUCGUGGCAUUCCGACGUCUAUGGCAACUUCUUGGACCAUGUGCCAUCCGAUAGCACCGACUACGACGCCUCGUGCAUCUGCUACAAGUUGCCGGGCGCAGGGAAUCUGCCGGAGAUCGAUGUGAGUAGCUGGCCCAUGCCGGGAAGAAAAAGUGGUGCCGGGGCAGGCCUUUCUGGAUUUUUGUGGAAGGGCAGUGAUUUCAAAGGGGGAUCGAUGUGGGUUACUCCCUCUGGUAAACGUUUACAUAACUAUGGGAAAUCACCAUUUUAA